AUGAAUAAUCAUGUAUUUCAAAUCAUUAUUUUUGUAUUUGUGAAUUUUGCACAAAUUCAUAGCCAUUCAACUUUUGAAAGUACAUCAUCUGAUAUCACUACGAUUACAUCGACAUCGGAUUCUAGUAUCUCAUCGAUUAUGAUGCCUACAGGAUUGACUUCAUCUACUAUCUCAAAUUCAGAUACAACUGUAACGAGUCCAUCUUCAUCAUCAUAUUCAACGUCUGUAACAACAAGCACAUCGAUAUCGACAGACUCUUAUGGAACAAACAGUUCCACUUUCAUCUCAUCAACAACAAUGAUUUCUUCAAUGGACAUAACUUCAGUAACUACAAAUACAGUGGCAGAAUCUUUUCCUUCAUCAUCUAUAUCAGCUAGUUCUUCUAUAAUAUCUGAAGUAACUAGUUCUUCUAUAACAUCUGAAGCUACUAGUUCUUCUAUAAUAUCUGAAGCAACUGGUUCUUCUAUAAUAUCUGAAGCUACUAGUUCUUCUAUAACAUCUGAAGCUGCUAGUUCUUCUAUAACAUCCGAAAUAACUAGUUCUUCUACAACAUCUGAAGCAAUUACUUCUUCAAUAGAUACAGCAAAUGUAACAACAACAACAACAACAACAACCAUAAAUUAUGCAAAAGGUGAAUCAUCACCUGGAGUUGCAGCACAAUUAGGUAUGGGGUUGGGUAUAACAAUAAUUGGUAUUUUACUUAUUGGUGAAAUAAUAUAUUUCUAUCGAAAAUAUGGAUUGAAUGGAUCAAUGAGUCAUUCAAGUUAUGAAUUACCUCACUUUCAUAAUCGACUAUCAAUCUGA